AUGCCAACAAAGAAAUAUGAAUUUAAACUUUUCGAAAUUAUUAAUCUUCGAAACUUUUCAUUUUCCUUCGAAAACUUAAUUGAGCUUUUGAGCUUCCAAGCUUUUGAGCUUUUCAGUUGGGGUUACAAUGCAAGAACCUCUGCACGAUUUUCUGAGAAAACUUUCACUACAAACACAAACUAA